GCCGCGGUCUCCCCGCGCGCCGUGUAGCUGGGGGCGUGGCGCAGCUCGGGCUCUCGGCUGUGGCUGGUAGUUGGCGUUGUAGCAACGGAAGGUAGCGGCGUAGCGGCUCCUCCGGGAGCUGGGGAGGCGGCGCGGGCCGAAGUGCCGCGGGGUGGCGCCGGGAGGUUCGGUGCGCGCCCUUCUCGGCGGUCGGUGGCGUCCCGAUGCGGGCGCCUCGUGGGCAGCCCGCCCUGGAGGAAUCUCUGCAGCGAUACCAGAGGCGGCUCCGAGAGCGUGCUAAUGAAAGUAUCCAUCAGCUGAAAUAUGCCUUGGAGGAAAGGCAUUUCACGGAGAAUAAGGAUAAAGUUGGAUUUGACCAGUCCUCUGUGGACAAGGGCAGUGAUGAUGUGGACAGAUGCAGUGACAACAGUGGCGAUCCACCCUGGGAGGAGCUACAGCACAGUCAUGCAGUUAAUCAACUUAAAAUUUUGUUACAACAUCAGGAGAAGAUGGAAAGUGAAGCCUCUCCAUCAAGGAGGAAGAUGCAAUUCCGAAAAACCCCAAAAGCUGCAACAGAAGACUUACCAGACCCUUCUGAUCUUAUUCCUAGAAUUAAUGAUCAGUCUCAGUACAUUAACCAUUUAGAAGCAGAAGUGAAGUUUUACAAGGAGGAGUUGUCUGAGAUGAAAGAUCAGGUUCGAGUAGUUAUACUUGAAAAUGAAAACCUCCAUCAGAAACUGAAAUUUUUGGCUGCAGAAUAUACCUCGGGAGAACAAGCUUUUCUAGAUACCUCAAACUCCAGGCAUAAUGACUUGAAGCUGCAUCAACCUUCUAUGUCAUCAUCAGCAUAUAACAGAGAUCCAGCUUUGGUUUCAAAAACUGUUGGAGAAGUAGAAAAAUGGCAUGUAGAACUGGAGAAACUAAAACUUCUUUAUCAGGAUAAAAUCAAUAUCUUGGAUGCCCAAGUACAAUCUCUAAGGAAACACCUUUCAGAAUCUCAGAAGACAUGUGAAGAUUUGGAAGCAAGGUUAAAACACCAGAAAUCACUUGUUUCAGCCACAAAUUCUAGUCGAGUUGGUGGUCUUUGUCUCAAAUGCGCACAGCAGGAGGCAAUUCUGGCACAGACGCAUUCUAAUGUUCACAUGCAGGCCAUUGAGAGAGUAACGAAAGAAAGAGAUGAUUUGAUGGAUGCACUUGUUUCAGUGAGGCGAAACAUGAAAGAGAUGCAGCAAAGAGAAUCUAAUGCAUAUGAGCAAGUUAAACAAGCUGUGCAAAUGACAGAAGAGGCCAAUUUAGAAAAAACAAAGGCUCUAGUUCAGUGUGAGCAACUGAAAAGUGAGAUGGAACGCCAGAAGAAUCGUCUUGAAAAGGAGCUAGCUGUCCAGCUCAAUAAGAGGACUGAAGAAAAAGAAGCUCUGCGGGAAGAAAUGAAGAAAGAAAGGGAGAACUUGGCAGCAAUGGUGACGGCCAUGUCUGAGAAUGUUGCCAUGUUAGAGGCUCAGGUAGAGAGAAUUACAAGGGAAAAGAAUUCUCUGGUUAACCAGUUAGAAGAAUCACAACAUCAGCUUGCAUCUCACGAAAUGGAGAUGAACAAGGUGUGUGGAGAAAUGCGCUAUCAGUUGAAUCAAACCAAAAUGAAGAAGGAUGAGGCAGAAAAGGAGCUCAGAGAGUACAGAACAAAAACUAUAAGGCAGCUUGAAAUUAAGGACCAGAAAAUAGAAAAACUGGGAUUAGAGCUGAAUGGAAACAAGCAGCGUUUGGAACAAGCCCAGCAGGAUGUGGCAGGAGCCAGAGAGGACUGCCUAAAACUGACAGAACUGCUGAGUAAAUCUGAGCACCAACUGCACCUCACCAGAUUGGAGAAAGAGAGCAUUCAGCGCAGCAUUAGCAAUGAAGCAAAGGCCCGAGCCCUUCAGGCCCAGCAAAGAGAGCAGGAGCUGACACAGAAGAUGCAGCAAAUGGAGGCCCAGCAUGAGAAAACUGUAAAUGAAUUGGACUCAUUGCUGACUUCCCAGAAAACAUUCAUAGGAAAAUUAAAGAAAGAAUGUUGUUUGUUGGCGAGCAAAUUGGAACAAAUGUCAGAAAAAUACAGAUCUAAAGUCAACCAGCUUAGUCAGGAAAAAGAGUAUCUUCAUGGCAGAUUGGAGAAGGUGCAGAAACGGAAUGAUGAAUUGGACCAACAGUGUAUCCAGCAUGGGAGAAUGCAUGAGAGGAUGAAGUCAAGGUUGCACCAGCUGGACAAGCACUGCCAGGCCACUGCCCAGCAGCUCGUGGAGCUCCUCAACAAACAGAAUCAGCUCUUCAAAGAGAAGCAGCUGCUGACAGAAGAAGUGCAGUUUCUGCGAACACAGGAAAAGAAAUGGGAUGCAGAUCUCAAACAGGACACAGAUGGAAUCAAAUAAAAACCUGGAUGGAUGAAGAAAAAUGAGAACAAGAUCUGCCCUGGUGUCCAUCAGUUUUACAGAAGUAGGUAUCUGUCCCAGUUUGUAAUCCCCCUGCAGACUGCGGUUGCCUGAGGGGCUGCUGCCAGCUGUGUCCCACCUGUGUGCACACAGCUAACAGGGCUGGGACCUUGGGUUACCACCAGCCAGAUCUGCCUUCUCCCUUGAACAUCUCCCCGUGCUCUCCAGAUUGUGCCAAUGAACCUGCCUCCUCGCUCAUUUGAGACGUCCUGUUUUACAGCAAGCCUGUGACUAAACCACUAUUCCUAAAAGGAAUAUAAAAUGUACUCAACCUUGAGUAUAUUCCCCCCCCCUCACUUCAUACAGGUACUUUUAGAGUUGCAGCUGUUCUGAGAUGUUCUUUGUCUUCUUAUGUCUGUUGUGGGGCCCCAGCAACAAGCACAGAGUUUGGAUGGGUUCCCAAGUGCUUUAGUUUGCCCUUUUUUUCAACUUAAGUGCUGAAGCUGCCCUUUGCACAGCCAUAAGAUGAGUAGCACUUCCAUCUUCGAUGUCGGAAUUGAUUUGGGCUGAUCCUUACAAGGUCCUCACUUCUUUCAGGAGUCUACUUGGUGGGGAGGAGGGCCUUAUUUUUUAGUGCAGUCUUAAUGUACAAAAAUGUGCUUCUGCCAGGUUUUUGUAAUAGCCAGUGACAUUCUGCAGACAAGGUGUGAUUUUUUGAGCAAUGAUGAGUUAGUUAACUAUGAAAGGAAGAGAGGGAGACAGCCAGCACAGCAUCUGAUGCCUGGCUGCCCUGAUAGGAAUGCUUCCAGUGCUGCAUCGUGUGAGCAUGGCCAGUUCCAUGAGCCUGCAGCUGUAGGCAGGAUCCACACCUCCUGCAAGGUGCCUGGCCAGGAGCACAGCAGUGCAGGGUGGGUGUAGUUUGUCAUCUUCUGUCUGGUGCUGGCCCUAUGUAGAGGGGUUAGUGCAGCACAGAGGAGGCUUCCUCUGAGCAGUCACUGAUACUGAGUUCAACCUCUAUGUCUUUCCCUGGAUUUUGCUCGUGUUGCAGCGCGCUGAUCACCACCGCAGGUAAUGUGGUGCAUGUAUUCUUGGAAAAAAAAAUACCAUGUUACUGUUUUUAAUUAAUUCUUUAAUGAACUGCAGCAUUAUAAAUCCUUUUUUAACUCUGCCUUCAUUACCUUAUCAAGUUUUGUUGUGUUUUUUAAAGAAAAACCCUUAAGUCCUCUAACAUAAAACCAGCUGAUGUGGAAAGUUUAUUUUUAUUUCUGAGGUCAUUUACAUCUCUUAGAAUUCAAAUUUCAGAACUCCAGUCACUUAAUUCUGGGUAUCCACCCCAGCUCCAGCAGAGCUUUAUCUCUCGGUCUUAAUGAAGUGCUGAAGUGCUACUGAGGAAGCACAAACAAUAGCUAUGCAAGAGCUUCAAAACUGUAUAUUAGCCUUCCCACCAGAGGUUUUCUAACAGCGUGCAGGCAGCUUCCUGUUUUGAUACAGCUGCCCACCCCAUAUACAGUCUGUACAAUUCACAGUAAACACUCUCUGGCACAACCCUGCCUCCUCCUUCCUGGAAGGAAGAAGGGGCAGGAUCUAAGACGUGCCCCAAAACAGCAGCUCAGUCAUUUACUGCUAAACACGAGUGAUGGCUAAAGCUCAGGGAGACCUUGUUUUUCAGAAAUCAAACAGCUCCUGCGCUUGUUACCUGGAAGAGUUCUGAUCUUAGAAAGAGGCAGGACAGCAGGCCCACAGGAAGCCAGGCUUCGGAACAGUGCUUGUUUACAAUUGCCACAUUCUUAACCAUUUAUGUAUUUCUCUUCUAAGCACUCACCCCCAGGCUGAAGUGACACAAACAAGAAGUGCAAGUAGCUCCAUACACACUACUUACGCUCCGCUCCCAUCUCUUUCUUCUUUCAGUUCUCCUCUGUACGCGCCUGAAACUUGGGCUUCUCUGAAGCUCACACAGAACCAUUUGCAGAGAAGCAGACGUGCUGCCUACCCUCACCUGCUUUGCAUUUGUUUUUAACUAUAGUGCCAUCAACAUACUGAAACGUUACUCCCCUACUGAACUUUCUAGGAAGACAUCUCAGACUUGCCUAAGACACUGCGAUCCAAUGUCAACAGCUGUGAUGGAGCACGUACUGGAUUCAUUAUUCCUACAAUUUUUAUAAAAUGUUUUUAUCUAUUUUUGUAAUACAGAUGUCUGUCUUAUUUCCCGAUGGCAGUCCCAAUAAAUUAGUUUAUUAAUUCUUUUUC